AUGGCACUCUUCUCUAAUGAUGAUGUAGCCCAUUAUCAGAUUAGGAACAGCAAGAACAUGACUUCCAAGGUGAGAGGAGACACGAGCAAGCUCCUGCCAGUCACCUCCUUCUUUCUCGGCGCAGCGUUGACAGCGGCAGUCGUCUUCCUCAAUGCUACUAUGGAUGUGAACUGGCGGCCCCCGGCCCUGGCCGCAUGGGGCAAUGGUGCUCAGUCGGCCCCUAAACCCAAGGCCAAACCAUAUGCUAAGCUUGCAGAGGUGCUGAAGAACGCGUCGAUGGAGGACGGCACGGUGAUCAUGACGUCCAUCAACCGGGCGUACGCAGAGCCGGGGUCCCUCCUGGACCUCUUCCUGGAGAGCUUCCGUCUCGGCGAGGGCACGGCGCACUUGCUGGACCACGUCCUCAUCGUGGCCGUCGACCCCGGCGCGCUCCGUCGGUGCCGGUCGGUGCACCGCCACUGCUACCUCCUCCGCCGCUCCCCGGGCGCCGUCGACUACAGCGACGAGAAGCACUUCAUGACCAAGGACUACCUGGACAUGAUGUGGGGCAGGAACCGGUUCCAGCAGACCAUCCUCGAGCUCGGCUUCAACUUCCUCUUCACGGACAUCGACAUCAUGUGGUUCCGGAACCCGCUGCGGCACAUCGCGAUCACGUCGGACGUCGCGAUAGCGAGCGACGUCUUCAACGGCGACCCAGAGAGCAUGGGGAACCUCCCCAACGGGGGGUUCCUGUACGUGCGGGCGGCGAACCGGACGGUGGAGUUCUACCGGCGGUGGAGGCGCGCGCGGCGGAGGUUCCCGGAGGGCACCAACGAGCAGGAGAUCCUGGGCCGGGCGCAGGGGGAGCUGAGCCGGAGCGCCGGCGUGCGGAUGCAGUUCCUGGACACGGCGCACUGCGGCGGCUUCUGCCAGCUGAGCGGCGACAUGGGCAGGGUGUGCACGCUGCACGCCAACUGCUGCACGGGCCUUGCCAACAAGGUGCACGACCUCAGGAACGUGCUCAGGGACUGGAGGAACUACACGGCGGCGCCGCCCGAGGACAGGCGCCGGGGAGGGUUCCGCUGGACCAAGCCCGGCAGGUGCAUCCACUGACAGAGCGAGCCACUGAUCAGCAGGUGUGGUACAAGUCAUCACUCGCAACGUAGUCACCGUUGAUUAGUUUGCACGUAGUAUUUCUGCGUGGGCAAUGGCCAGUUUUAUCCAGGUGAGAAUGUGAGAUUAAGUUACAAACAUGUUACUAGCAUUAUUGGGCAACAUUGGAUGCUUGUGUUCCCUGAUAGGCAUUGUA